AGCACUACCUAAGUUCCCAAGAUGACAUUGCAGCAAUACGCGCGUACAGUUCGUUGAACGAGUUCGAAUCUUUUGUUUAUGUUAUUCCUGUCCUAUUGCUUCACCAGACCUUUUACCUGUUGUGCGCGUUUUUUUUUUCUUGACCACAUUUUACUGUAACAAAAUGUCGAAGGACUAUUUAGCAACUAAUUUGUUAAUCGAAACACUGACGCUCAAUCUGGCGUCCUACGAGCCGGGUCCCAAAACCAUCGACACAUUUACCCUGGACCAGAUAGAAAAGCUGAUGAAAAAACUAGAACAAUUUCUGGCCUCAUGCAAGCUCGUUCCAUUCGAAGAAGAUGGAUCGCACAGGGAUAAGAUUAUGAUGUGUUUUUAUCAACAACCGGAUGCAGUACGUUGCCGGCAUUGUAAUGAAAGUUUUACCGAAUAUGUAGCUGCCACACAGCAUAUCCAGAUACACGAUCAUGGAAAAGAACAGAAUCCCGAACACAAAGCAAUGCCGGAGGACCAACCGAAUGUAGCUCCUGCUAGUAAUCGCGAAACCGUACAGAUCGAGAACCGGCCCAAUGGUAACUCUGCGACAAAUGGGGAAAAGCCACAGAAACAAAGAGAACUUGUGCCCAGUUUGGAUGUUCUGAAAAAGAGGUGCUUGGCGAAACAGAAUUUUAAGUACAGCAAAAGUUUGAAGAAAUUUCUGAAGAAAAAUAUCGAUAUUGUUAUUGACAUGGCGCUGGCAGAGGGCGAUGAGGUUAAAAGCGCUUCGGAGAACAAAAUGAUGGUAGAACAGUUGGUAGAAUGCCUAAAACCCCAUUACCCAGCAGUCAAAUGCUAUCCGUUUGGGUCUCGCAUCGUCGGUACCGGUUGUGCUACGAGUGAUCUGGACAUUUUCGUCGAUCUGCAAGAAGUGUACUAUGGGCGAAACGAUAAGCCCGGCGUGGAAAGUAUAACGGAAUCGAUCCUGAAGGUAGAGAAAAUCCUAAAAAAUACAAAGCAGUGGACUAUCGACGAAAUCAUUCUGAAUUGCCGCGUACCAUUGCUAAGAGUUAUUAGCCACGAGUUCGGCAUCCAAUGUGAUUUAACGUUCAGCAAUGGAUUGGCGCACCGGAACUCGUUGUUGCUAGAAUAUAUGUUUGAUUUACAACCAACGAGUCGUAUGUUGGUGUGCUAUUUGAAGCAAUGGAGCCGAGAAAGAUCGCUGAAUGGGUACACUAUCUCGCUGAUGGUAAUCUUUCUCUUCCAACUGAUGGACUGCUUACCAUCCGUGGCAUCACUGCAGCUAGAUCCAAAAAAUGACCUCAUCAUUGAUGGUUGGAAUGCAGGAUUUGCGACGCCUACUUUGGAGGAACUGAACAUAAAACUGGAACUGUCCGAGAUGAAGGAACUAGCAGACAAUUUUUUCCAGUUGUACAGUUUUCGCAGUUUUUAUACCAGCUGGUUCACGCUGGAAACUCAAAUCAUUAGCCCUUUUCAUGGACCGUCUUGGGGUUGUCCGCUGUUGAAGAAACAUUUCGGCUCACCGAAUUACUCUAAAGUACCGGCAACAAUGGAACGGCUCAAGCGCUACCUUUUAGAACAUAAACAUGACACGAGCUCCAAAUACCAAUUUGCUUACGAUAGACUAUUGGUCGUGCAGGAUCCGUUCGAGCUGUGCCACAAUGUAGCGAAAGCCAUGACGCCAGAAGUGGCCAUACGGAUUGUACACUCCUUUGAACUGAGCGCGAAGCUGCUCUAUGCAGAAAGUAACAAACAAAACCACUCUAACGUUGAAUAAAGCCACCAAUUUCAUUUUAUUAAA